UUGGAAAAAGCAAGAUAACGUCCAAUGGGGUCCACUUGCAUCCUACGCCAAGUUGGCCUGACCCACGUCGGAGCGGUUUUACCCAUAAACCCCACACCUCAGCCAAAAAGGUUGGAGAAAAGGGAUAGAUUUGGAUAAAAAAAAAGGUCCCAAACACAUCCUUAAAAGAACAAGAAAAUAAAAAAUAAAAAAAUGCCUUCUAAUCUGUUAAACUGAUUGAUCACUUCUUUCUGACUGACUUCAAUGGCCAAAGUACAACACUUCUUAAGUCCUUGUUGCGGCUGUUAGAUUUUAUCCACACUCUUCUCCACUUUGAGGCCAAUGAACAAAGGGGCUCAAAAACAUGGAGAAAACAUGUGAAUUCUGUGGAGCACCAGGAGCAGUUGUUUACUGCCAAGCAGAUGCAGCACUACUCUGCCUCUCUUGUGACGCUAAGGUGCAUUCCGCUAACGCACUAUUUAGUCGUCAUUCAAGAACACUCAUAUGCGAUUCUUGCAAAGGAAAACCAGCCCAUGUUCGAUGCUUAGACCAUUUGAUGCUAUUAUGUCAGCAAUGUGACUUGCGCCUGCACAAGAGUUUCUCUAACCAUAAGAAGCUGAUGAUUAGUAGCUUUACUGGUUGCCCUUCAGCUAAGCAUUUUGCAGCUUUAUGGGGAUUUCAUUUCGAUGAGCUCCAUCAGUUUUCGACACUUGAGUCUGCAGCAUCCGUUAACAGUACUGAACCAAGAAUUGGUUCUUGCAGUCCACGACAAAUGAAAUUCAGCAAUCAUCAUCAGUGGGAGCAAAAUAAUGACACAGUCAUCCAUCAAAUUCUUGACUUAAAAAAUCUCCAGCUUACAGAAGAAGAUAACCAGAUUAAAUCGUUCUUCCAUAAAGGAGAAUAUGUUACAUCCGGAAUAUCAAAUGAAAGUCUGAAACAACAAUCAAAGGAACUUAAUUGUUUCACUCAUGAACUUCAGAGCUUAGACAACCUAAAUCAAGUUUCAUGUUCUUCUGUUGGAGAUCCGUUUUGGCAGUACAAAAGCCCAGUGGAUAAUAAUCAGUUUUGGACUCAAAAUUUGCAAGAUCUUGGAAUGUGCAAAGAACUUGGAUGCCUUGGUGAUGACUUCAAUAUACCAGAUGUUGAUGUAACAUUCCGUAACUUUGAAGAUCUUCUUACUGGAAAUCCUGAUUUAACACAAGCUUUGUUUGAAGAUAGUGAUCCUAUGUCCUUAGAUAUUGAGAAGGCAUCAAUGAAUAAGUUUGAGAAUACCCGUAUUGAAACAACACAGGAAAUCUCUUUUGCUUCAUCAAUUUCCACCAAUAAGCAUGUCAACUACAUGAGGGAAACAAGUUCACCACAUCAUAUUAGAUUUUCGCGUUCAGCUACAUUUUCUGGUUCACGACUCAGUGCUGAAAGAAGUGGUAGUGACUUUCUUGACAGCGGAAACUCAGGGAACUUCACAAGAGGUGAAUCAUCAAGAAAUGUGUCAGAGCUUCAUGGUGUAGAGGUGGAAGGUGGGCAAAGUUCAAACAGAAUAGUGAAAGAAAAAAACAAGACUCGGUUCCAUGGGAAAAAAACUCAACUUGCACCACGUAAGGCUAAAGCCGAUAUGCAUAAGAAGAUCAAAAGCCGGUGUUCUAAGGUACAAGGCUAUGAAUCUGAUACAGCAACUGUGACGAAGAGCUACUGAACUUGUCAGUUUCUCUUGUUUUUCGGUGUACAUAUAAUUUCAAUUUAGAAGUUUGAAUAAUAACAUCUUGGCAUUUUAUAACCCAUUACACUUUCAACCCAUUCUUCUAACAGACUAACAUUGUUGUAGCAAAUGUGGUAACCCAAGCUAGAUCGUCCCAGCUCCUGAGUUUCUAUUCAUUUUUGUGAUUGAAACUAGUUUCUAGGCCCGGAAUAUGUCCCGUAUACUUAUAUUUUUCAUCUAUUAAUAAUUUAAUUUUAAAAUGAUUCACCAA